GUAUGCUCCGUCCUCCCAGCUCCGUAAUCAAGAGGAUUCUAAAGAGUGGCUACGCUCCCAUUCAGCGGGAGGACUUCAGGAUACCGCUGGCAAUUCCCCUUUUUCAUCUGGAUCCAGCAUAACAUCACCCUCUGGAACUAGAUUUAACUUCUCACAGCUUGCAAGCCCAACCACUGCGGCCCAGAUGAGCCUGUCAAAUCCAACCAUGCUGCGGACCCACAGCCUUUCCAAUGCAGAUGGUCCUUACGACCCUUAUAGUGACACACGCUUCAGGAACAGCUCCAUGUCCCUGGAUGAGAAAAGCAGAACAAUGAGCCGGUCCGGCUCUUUCCGUGAUGGCUUUGAAGAAGUGCAUGGUUCUUCUCUCUCUUUAGUAUCCAGUACCUCAUCUAUUUAUUCAACGCCUGAAGAGAAGUGCCAAUCAGAGAUUCGCAAGCUACGAAGAGAGCUGGAUGCGUCCCAAGAAAAGGUGUCAGCUCUGACAACUCAGUUGACUGCCAACGCUCACCUCGUGGCAGCAUUUGAGCAGAGCCUGGGGAACAUGACGAUCAGACUGCAGAGCCUGACAAUGACAGCGGAACAAAAGGACUCGGAGCUGAAUGAGUUGAGGAAGACAAUUGAACUACUGAAGAAGCAAAAUGCUGCUGCCCAGGCUGCCAUCAACGGAGUCAUCAACACACCUGAGCUCAGCUGCAAAGGACCUGGAGCUGCUCAACCCACAGACCUGCGGAUCCGCAGGCAGCACUCUUCGGAUAGCGUCUCCAGUAUUAACAGUGCUACCAGUCACUCCAGUGUGGGGAGCAACAUUGAGAGUGAUUCAAAGAAAAAGAAGAGGAAGAACUGGGUCAAUGAGUUACGCAGCUCCUUCAAGCAAGCUUUUGGUAAAAAGAAAUCUCCCAAGUCAGCAUCUUCUCAUUCAGAUAUUGAGGAGAUGACUGAUUCUUCGUUACCUUCUUCACCAAAGCUGCCACACCAUAACUCCACUGUUUCAACAUCAUUGCUGAGAGCUUCCCAUUCCAAUUCUCUUAUUUCUGAAUGCACUGACAGUGAGGCUGAAACAGUUAUGCAGUUAAGAAAUGAGCUGAGAGAUAAGGAGAUGAAGUUGACUGACAUUCGGCUAGAAGCCCUUAGCUCUGCUCAUCAGCUUGACCAGCUUCGUGAGGCAAUGAACAGAAUGCAGAGUGAGAUUGAAAAACUAAAAGCAGAAAAUGAUCGGCUGAAAUCUGAAAACCACGGCAGCUGUAGCAGGGCUCAGUCUCAGGUUUCCAUUUCAUCCUCUCCGAGACAUUCAGUGGGUAUCUCUCAACACAGUUUGAACCUCACGGAGUCAACCAGUCUCGACAUGCUGUUAGAUGACACUGGAGAUGGCUCUAGCCGGAAAGAAGGAGGCAGGCACGUCAAAAUAGUUGUCAAUUUUCAGGAUGAAAUGAAAUGGAAGGAGGAUUUGAGGCCUCGCACCUUCCUCAUAGGCUGCAUUGGAGUCAGUGGCAAGACCAAAUGGGAUGUUCUGGAUGGGGUUGUACGACGCUUGUUUAAGGAGUAUAUCAUUCAUGUGGAUCCUAUGAGCCAGCUGGGGCUGAAUUCAGACAGUGUUCUGGGCUACAGCAUCGGAGAAAUCAAACGCACUAACACUGCAGAGACACCUGAGCUGCUGCCCUGUGGUUAUCUAGUUGGAGAAAACAACACUAUUUCAGUUACCAUCAAAGGUAUCUGCGAGAACAGUUUGGACGGUCUAGUGUUUGAAUCACUGAUCCCAAAGCCUAUACUGCAGCGUUACGUCUCUCUCCUGAUGGAACACAGACGAAUUAUCUUAUCUGGUCCCAGUGGCACUGGUAAAACAUACCUAGCAAACCGUCUGUCUGAGUAUAUGGUCCUUAGAGAGGGCAGGGAGUUGACUGAUGGCAUUAUUGCAACCUUCAAUGUGGACCAUAAAUCCAGUAAGGAACUCCGCCAGUACCUGUCCAACCUAGCAGACCAGUGUAACAGUGAAAACAACGCUGUGGAUAUGCCUCUUGUAAUCAUUUUGGAUAAUUUGCAUCAUGUUAGCUCCCUAGGAGAGAUCUUUAACGGACUUCUAAACUGCAAGUACCACAAAUGUCCAUAUAUUAUUGGCACAAUGAACCAAGCCACCUCCUCAACACCUAAUCUCCAACUUCACCAUAAUUUCAGAUGGGUGCUAUGUGCUAACCACACUGAGCCAGUGAAAGGCUUUCUGGGCCGUUUCUUGAGAAGAAAACUGAUUGAAACCGAGAUCAGUGGCAGGAUGAGAAAUACUGAGCUGGUUAAAAUUAUUGACUGGAUUCCCAAGGUCUGGCAACAUCUGAACAAAUUCUUGGAGGCUCACAGCUCCUCUGAUGUUACUAUUGGUCCACGGCUCUUCCUCUCCUGUCCGAUAGAUGUAGAUGGUUCUAGAGUUUGGUUUACUGACUUGUGGAACUACUCCAUCAUCCCAUACCUUCUGGAGGCAGUUAGAGAAGGGCUGCAGUUGUAUGGGAGGAGAGCACCCUGGGAGGAUCCUGCCAAAUGGGUGAUGGACACCUACCCCUGGGCAGCCACCCCACAGCACCAUGAGUGGCCUCCUCUGCUACAGCUGCGACCUGAAGAUGUGGGCUUUGAUGGCUACUCAAUGUCACGUGAAGGCUCAACGAGCAAACAAGUUCCAGUGAGCGAUGCUGAGGGAGAUCCUUUGAUGAACAUGCUAAUGAGACUGCAAGAAGCAGCCAACUACUCGAGUCCUCAGAGUUACGACAGUGACUCCAACAGCAACAGCCAUCAGGAUGACAUCCUCGAUUCGUCUCUGGAGUCAACGUUGUGAUUUUCCUCAGACGGAAAGAGGUGGUUCCCACUAUCACUCUUCCACUUACCAAGAACCCUGCUCACAGUCUCAUUGAAAAGAACAUGUUCCUGGGCUGGGAUCUCAGUAUUAGAGCUGCAAGAACAACAAGACACUUGGAAUCAGUCUUGAACCUGGGUGCAGGCAACCCAAGCAACGUUUGUAUUGUUUUUCUUUUGACAAUGGUGAGAACUGCACUAAUUACUUUUUUUUUUCCUAUUUAGUUGCUGUAAACUCUCAUGCCUAAGAUACUGAAGAUGUUAAAAGUAAUCAUUACUAAAAG